GACAAACAUCUUAAUAUAGCUAGUGCAGAAUCCAUAACUUGCAAAUAUGUAAGACUACCAUAUCAAAAUAAACAUGUAGUUUUUCCGUUAAGGCACACUUUGUGCAAAUAGAAUCAGCAUCAUGUCAAUCAUGUCUGAUCUGAAUGUGGGCUGUGGCUAUUUUCAAUGAAACUGAAGAAGUUGAGGCUGUACCCAUUGUCUGGCUGUCACCAUGCCAGACCAUUGUGUCAUGGCCACCUUUCAAGGCUACAAAGGUUUUGAAAUGCAUGAAAGAGCAGCAGCCAGCUGACAAAACAUGGCUUACCUAUCAAGUUAGGAUCCUUAGACGCUAUGAAAACUUUGAGGAAGCCAAAAAAGGGUCCAUUUUGGCACAGGAGACCUCCGACUUAAAUGAGGAUAUUUCUCUUCUACCCUUAGGCAGAGGAGCACGUAUGACAAAAAAGAGGACUUUCUCAAGUUCAGAGGAAGAAAUUCAGCCAUUCAAAAAAAUGGCUGAGAAAGCUGUCACACAACUACCGGUACCACCAAAGGUUCCCAAAGAUUUAGCGUCAGGCGAAUCGAGACUUGAAAAUGAAUCAACAAUCAAUAUCUUAAAAACCCUGGUAGAGGUUAAGCACCAGGUGAUAUCACUCUCUCAACAAGUGGUUGGGUUAGCUGACACUGUCCAGCAACUCAAAGAUGUAAUUGCACAGCAGGCGAGGGUGAUAGCAUCACUACAACCUCCACCAGCGGAAGAAAGUUUUGAUGUGAACCUGCCCCUUUCUAGCCUGGAAGAAUUUGACAUUCAUGAAGAAAAGUUGUCUGAUGAUAUAUAUAGAAAGUUUUUGAUAGCAAAAUUGUCACAUUUUGGUGGCAUACAUUUAAAGCAUACCAUUAAAAAAAUAUUGGACUAUAUGAUGACAACAACACUGCAAUGUCAAUUCAAUUGGGCUGGUAAACCAGGCUGGAAAGGGAAUGGAGUGGCUAGAAGAGGAUUUCAACAUUGCCAACUUUGUUUAGUAAUUGCAGAUGCUGUUGGAGAGAUGGUCUGGCAUGGCGACAGCCAGGCAAUGGGUACAGCCUCAACUUCUUCUGUUUCAUUGAAAUUAGCCACAGCCCACAUUCUAGACAAUUAUUAAAUUAGUGUUUAAUAAAUAUGUAUGGUUACAACAUUCGUUUUCUGCUCCUAGCCUAAUUUUUUAAAUGACUUUUUUCAACUUUUAUAAUUAAAUUAAUUUUUUAAAUUUU